AUGCUCGAUUUUCGUACAGAUGAGGAGGACGAAUUUGUUGUGCCUCACAUGGAAAUCUCCUGCCUACGAAAUUCGUUUGCGUAUCUUACUGCACUGGGAGAUCCAUUCGGGUGUAUUUACAACUUUGAUGAUUUGGAUCUCAAAACGCAGGUGUCAGCUGCAGAGGAAUUGGACGCUGAAGCACAACAAGUUCAAGACCGUUUGAUCCGGAAUUAUCACUAUUGGUGGCCGAAUCCGCCUCAAUUGCCAAUGUCUCAGACUCAGACUCCAAUCCCUCCGUCUCAACAACAACAACAACAACAACAAGAACAACAGCAAGAACAAGAACAAGAAAAAGAACAACAACAACAACAACAACAACAACAACAACAACAACAACAACAACAACCGGAACCAAAAAGUGACAGGCCACCCACGAGUCAAAAUGGUGCAGCAUAA